UGAUAGGUCUUAAAAUGUUUAUUUGAAGUUAAUUAAGUGAAAUAUUGAGGCUAUGGGAUAAUUGAUUUGAGGUUAUGUUUUUUUUGAGCUUGGCUAUCUAUCAUUCUUAUUAUCAGUUAUAAUUAUUGAUUACCUACUUCAAUUUUUUCAGUUGCCAAAUGAUAUAGAAAACUAUAUGGAGUAUCAUGUGAUGGGGGGUUUUGUAUCAAAAGUACGUAUGACGCCAGAAUGUAUGCCCCAUAAAUUUAUGUGCCAACCGGACAGGAAACAAACACCUGCCACAACAAAGCGACCCUAUGUAGCUAACAAACAAAUAAUGAUUAUUCUUGAAGAGGAUGAAAAGGGAUUCAAAGAAAAAAAAGUUAGCGCAGAACAAUCAAGUUUUGAAGAAACUGCAUGCAGUAGUUUAGGAGAGAAUGAAAAAAAAGAUGCGACGCUUAAACAAGAGCAUACAUCUAGGAUUGAAUUAGAACCAGUUGACCCUUUGCCAGAGUCUAAUCUUAAGACGGAAUCUGUAGAACCUGAACCCGAUUUAGGGCCUGAUUCUGAGCCUGAGUUAGAACCUGAUUCCGAGCCUGAGUUAGAACCUGACCCUGAGCCUGAAUUAAAGCCUACAUUGGAGCCUAAGUCUGAGCCUGCUAGUGAGCCAAAGCCAAAGUGCACACAAUGUCAGAAAGUUUUAUUACGGUUCGUGUUCUUGUGCGUGGAGUGUAACGCGCGCUCGUGCUCGGCGUGCGACGCGCGCGGGCUGCACGCGGCGCACCUCGUGCUGCGCGCGCCCGCAGCCCGCCCUGAGAGCGAGUUGAAGUUGGUGCUGAACAAAAUUCGCGACGCGCUGUGUCUGGAUGUUGAGGAAACGUCUCAAACGAACCCGGAUCAACCGGUCGAAGAGUCGCCCCAAGAACCGGAAUAUGAAUCUAUCAAGAUGGAGAUAGAAUCGGAAGAAGACGACCCUUUAUGGCUACUGAACGCGUCGGCUCCUGCUAAUACUGAUGCAGAAACCAUUGUUCCUGACAUAGAGCAUCAGAUUCCGCAGUUGCCUUGGCCGGAGCCCGCAGCAGCUGAGGGCAGCGGCCUGCCCUUCGCCGGGCCUGCGUCGGACUCCUCCUGCACGCUCACGGCCAGUUCCCCGUCCGACAGCUCCAGCGACGACGACCAGGCCCGUCCCACCAGGCCCUCCGCGCCCCCCACCAGGCCCCGCUUCAACGACGAAAUGAACCGCUACAUCGUCCGGACCUACUACACGCUGAGCCAAACCGAAAAGAGCCCAUUAAAAAUAUUCACCCUCAUGAAACAAGUGUUCGCCAUCGCAUUCCCACACAUGAAAGUCCACCGAUCGAACCUCCAAUCGCAAUUCUCACAUAUCUUUAUAAAAAAACUGUUCACCGAUGACGAGAUUCAGGCGAUGAGGAAUGAAGUUCGCGGCAACUUCAUAAGUGCUAAUAACAAUGAAAAGAAUGUAGUGAGUGCCAGCAAACUGUUAUCUGGCAAAGGAAGACAGUUGGAACUGUUGACGGUGAGGUCCGGGAUGGUAGUUACGGGCUUGCCAGACAAAACGAGUGAAGUGAACCCGAGGCCUUUUGUGAGAAAGGUUGUAGUACCGAUACCAGUGUCGAGUCAUAAAACCAGUGAGCCGUUUAAAUACCCAAGGGUGAAUAUGCAAGUGCGUACAGUAGUUGGUUCAUCUCAGCAGCAGAUGCCACAGAACUUGCGUGGCUCUGGGCCUUAUGUGAGAAAGAAAGUAGUACAAAAACGAGUGUCGAUAAAUAAAACUAAAGCGAAAAAGCGAGUGCGUACAGUUGUGAAGGAAUCUAGUGAUCAGAAGUGUUCAGGACAGUUGAAUCCGGCUCCAGGAAUAAGUGAUUCAUUUCCGCAGCAAAGCCAGAGCUUGCGUGGGAGGACGCGCCGGCCGCCGGCGCGGCUUCUGACAUGAGUGUAAACAUGUCAGACAUUGCAAUAUAGUCCAAAUAGUAAUUUUAGUGUUUGUUGUCAUCUUACUACAUUUGCCUGACAUGUGAUUUUAACAAAAUACUCAUCAGUAUCUCUAGUACCUAUAGAUACUGUUACAUUACAAGUCUUGUUGAUUAGUGAUGUCUUGUCGCAUUGUCUAACGCCCGUAUUGACAAACGAUGCUUGCUUAAGUGAAGCACCAAAUCGAACGCACAGCGAUGAAUAGAGCUAUGAUUGGUUCACCCUGUGCGUCAACGCGCACUGUGAUACCUCAUAGUAAUGUUUGUGAAUACGGGCGUAAGUAAUUUGAUGAUAAUGAAUAAUGAUGGCUGUAAAAUGAAUUAAUUAAUAUAGUAUUGACUGAUUUAAAAUAUUUUAAGUAUUUGUUUCAAUUAUCUUUGUUUAAUUUAUCUAGGAAUAAUAGCAUCUUAUUAUUAGCAAUAGCAACCCUUCAAAUGUUUUUUUAUCUUUCUCACAUACAAUACAUUUCAAUAAUACUAAUAGUUUUUAGGCAACAAAGCCAUUAAAAUGCAGACGCUGUGGCUCACAAGCGCACAAUGAUUAUUUUUGUCAAUUUAUGUCAACGAAAUAUAAAAAUAUUCUGAAUACUAUGUAUUUUUUAAUAUUACAUGUUAUUGCAGUCACUAUGUAUUAUUAUAUCGUGAUUGAAAUAAAAAUAACGUAUUAU